GACUGAAUCAGUCGGAGAGAAUGACGCCACUUCUCUCGCAUGUGAUUGACAACGGCAUCAUCUCAGUUUUGUUGACCUCAUCAUCAAACCGCUGAACUUGCUUUGAAGCCUCUUCGUCUGUACUAUAUCAUCAGUUUCAGAGGAGAGGCUGCAAGAGGACCAUGGUGGCCACUCGCUUGUCGGAGGUGUUCUCCAAGGGCUACGAGUGGGCGUAUGCUGGUGGAAGCUCACUUCCUGCCGAGUCGUCUCCCCUUCGAUCCAACACUGCGACGGCUACUGUGGUGGACACUGCGCCAACUGUCUCGUCGCCGUCUGCUUUGUGGGAUGCCGCCAGUAGUUCCUUAUCGAGUGCCAGCACGUCCUUGUCCAGUGCGGCAGAUCAGGCGUACAACACUCUGGCAGGAGUAGCCAAUUACGCCUGGGAAUCCGACGAUCAUCCAGGAGGUGGUGGACAACCACCGUAUCCUCCCACCACUGGAUCCAAUUUUGCCACCACGGGCAUCAUUUCCGAACGAGACCACAACAACAACAAUAACAAUAAUAGUCUGGAUCCAUCCUCCUGGAUUCAUUCCAUGGUGGUGGAUCGCAAUGACAGCUUGUCACCUUGGAGAUUGCACAAUCCUUACAAUCGUGUCCGAGGUCGCUACGCGCAAAAUCGAUCUUCCUUGAACGCAGUGCGUUCCUUGUUGCCCUUGGCAGCCAACAACAACAAUAAUAAUUUUGUGGAGGAUACUUCCGAUUACCCUUCGUUGGCGGACGCUUCCGAAGACGGAGCAGAGUUGCUGACGGGAGAAUCGGAAGACUCCAAACUGAAACGAAUCGAACAACAGGAACAACAACGAUCCAGUUGUCCGUAUACACCCGAUCCCAAUAAUAAUAAUUACUUUGAGACACAACAGCAACAGCAACAAUCGCACAUUCACCAAAAUUCCGAAACCGCGUCCCAACUGGCCGAAGGAACGGUACGGGCAUUGCGAGACAUUGCCUUGGAUGAAGCCGUCGAAUUCCAUGCGGCAUUGCGAUUCUGGUCGUUUCGAUGGGAACAUCCAUUGCUUAGUUGGUUAGAAGCUGGUCCUACUGUCUGGCUCAGUCGUGAUGGAUACGAUCAUCAGUUGAUUGGUCAAAAGGUGGCCAAGAUUCAAGCUGUCUUGGCACGAAGGUGUACUGCCAUUGGAGAAUUGCAACAACACUUGUUGCGGGCGGGAUGGCAACGAGGUGUCGCUCAAUGGGGUGUCCUCGGGCAUGGUGGUCAAUGGGCCACCGUUCAAGGCACGUAUGUCUUUACAGAAGAAACAGCGGCGGUGGCGGCAGAAUCGCAACGGCAAUUAUUGAUGAAAGAACAACAGCAACAGCAGGAACAAGGACAAGGACAAGGACAACAACAAUUGGCCGAAUCCAUAGAAAGCGUGCUGCCAGCGCAACCCUUGGAACGGAUUGGCCUAAGCAAUCAACAGCAGCAACGCCAUCGGGGCAGCCGUCACACCCACAGCAACGCUAACCGAACCAGCAGUAAACGAUCCGACCGCAAAAAGUGGAAGCGAGAAAAGGGCUACUAUGCAUCUGUCUUUGUUCGCAAUGAAUAUGAUGGCAAGAUUCUGAUGGAUGAUGCCACAUUGGCAGAAUGGUCGGUGGAUGCCAUGGAAUUGAUUCGGAACUUGUUGUUGCGAGCGUCCAACGGAAAGGCCCAAUUGCCGUACGAGCAUCACUGGAAGAAUUCACCGCCGCCACCGGAGCGACAAUCCUCAGUGUUGACCACCGAAUCGGAAACCGGACAACUGAUUGUGGAAGAAGAAGUACAACCGCAAGAAGAGCUUCCUUUAAACGACAAUAAGCAUGGUGUGGAAGAGGUUGGUGCCAAUCGACAAUUGCCCGUAUGGGCCCAGUGGGCGUCCAAAGAUGGAAACAAUGUGGAAGCCGAACCCAACAAGGAGCCUACUCUGGACGAUGACACUGUAGUCAUCUCCAACCUACCACUCAUGGCAGCCGAGGUGUCGGAGCUACUGAACUCGAUUGAAGAUAUCAUGCCCUUGCAACGGUCACGGAGGAUGCGAAAGCUCCGUCCUCCCUCAAUGUUUCGCAGGCGUUGGUACCUCACUGUUGUCGCGGCUCCUACUCUGAGUUACCUGACAUACCAUCUGAUAUCCAGGGGCUACGGAGCAGAGCUCAUAAAAGCGACGUUGUCCAAAAUCUACCUCUUCUUUGAAGAGCGAGUCUAUGUUCCGUUUGUUGCCAUUAUUGAAGAGGUGUGGAAAGGACGUGAGGACAUUAGUGAUAAGAAAGCGAGACUGGAGGUCAUUGCCGGCCUGAAAGAGAUGAUCCGCAGUUGGUUGGAUGACAAUCACCCUGAAAUCCCUGUGGAGAAACGACUUGAAAUGGCAGAGCUCAUGGACAUUUCCUUGAUAGAACGGAAGAAGGCCGAAAGUAUGAAAACGAUCUACGAGAUCAAUCAAGCCGUUCGGUUGAGUUUCAUUGAAAUGCAGUUCAUCAAGAAGGAAAUGGUGAACGCUCUGUACACAAUGGAUGAUAUGAUGACAAAGAACGAGAUCAACACGAACCUUGCUGCCGUCACACCUGCAGUGCUGCUUCUGUAUACCGCGCGGCAAGUGUUUCGUUUCUUUUACUACGCUUUGCUGAGGCUGGGCAAGAGCAAGGAAGAGACAUACUCUUCGUUUCGCCACAUCUUGACGGAUAUUGAACGCUUGCUCGUAAUGAGAGACAAUCCGCCCACAUCACCCUUUCCACACAAUCAACUUCGUCACUCGGCGGGAGACACCGAGGAGGCCUCGCAGUCUCAGCUGAUGCUGUCUGAGACGGCCCACAAGCCAGGAUGUGAUGUACUGAGUGCGGAUGAUUUGGGCAUGCUCAUGUUGCACAUUCACGAAUGCCGCACAAUCCUGUGGACGGAUUACAACCGUUUCACCCCAGCAGCCAUCCAGAGCGUCUCGGAAGAUCUAGCAGAACUGGCGGGAGAACGAGGUGCCGUGAGUGUGCAGCAGCAGCUUCAGAUCAUUGCUCGUAUGUGCCGGACAUAUCCAUUCCUGAAGGUCAUCAGCAUCGGAACAACGUUUCACCAGAGCUUCAUUGGAGGCUCUCACUAGCUAGCUUAAAAAUUAUGUUGUAGUUGAAACUAAGUAGAGAGCCCGUUGCAUUUUAGUUCAAUGGUAUCAGAAUGGGUAUUGCCACUUGAGAUCACUGAGCUGAAAGCCGGCUUCAUGACAGCCAGAUAUGGGUCAAGAUCAGCGACGAUGAACUCAACAAACAUAUAAUAAUUCGUCUUUCUGUAAUGUCCUGAUCUACUACCGUAGCUAGUUGCAAGCCUGAGGACAUCUUGUGCGGAAUUUCUUUUUAUCGUUUUCUAGUACGGUAUCUUUCUUGACUACUUUUUGGCACCAAUUAACAUCCUCAUCCGCUUCUCAAUCUUGGGCUCCAUUAUCCCAGUUGACUGCGAUAGAUUCGUGACACGGCGACGACCCUUGUGCCCCGUAUUGUGUGAUUUACCCGCCUUGUUUCGCUUCAGGCUGCCGUCUCCUCUGACACGGAAACGCUUGUAGGCACUUCGAUUUGUCUUGAACGAGUGCUUCCAUCGGCAGACGACGUUGGAUGGUGCAAUCAGCAAUCUUUGGGAGUUUUGCAUGCCAAGAAGAGUCGAUACCCCAUUCCAUCGUAUCAUCGUCGACGCCAAUGGCAUCAUGGUGUUUCUCCAAAGGUUCAAAGAGGACAUGACU